AUGGCUCUAAGAAAGGCAUCCCUCUCGCUGCUUUCCUCGGAGAGUGAUUCUGAGGAAUUGCCCACAUUUGCCUUUCUGAAGAAGGAACCACCGUCAGCUGACAGGGAUCAGCCUCAGAGGGAGAAUGUAGUGGUGGUCACCUCAGAUUCUGAGGCCUCCUGUCCUCUAUCACCAGGCUUGGAAGAUCCACCGUUUGUCCUAGAUGCAGCCAAAGCGCCCACACAAGCAGGGCCAGUCAGAGUGCUAAGCAGUGGAAGUGAGGAUGAAGAUGUAUUUGUCCCUCUGGCUGAGAGGAUCACAUGUAAGUUUUUGACACACAAGCAGCCGAGCCCAGAGCACUCUAGCUCCUCACUUAAAACUGUUUUGGAUCAUCAAAAUAAUACAAGUGGACCAUGUGACUGGAAAAAGCAGCCAUUUCCAACGAUCCCUGCUGAUGUUCCUCUGCACAGUGCCUUAGAGAAGAGCCCAGUAAAUGACGGGGACUCUGUCUUAGACAGUCUGUGCCAUCAGCUUCCAAAUCACCAGUCCACCUGCAGCGAGUUGGCAGUAACUAAAACAAUUCCCGACAUCCCUCUACCUCAGAAGAGAACCAAGCGUAGUCAGAAGGUCCAGAGAAGAGGUUCUCAAGGAUGCUGGCAGCCAAGCCAAGCAAGCAGGAAGGAAAACACCCCAAGGCCACAUGAGAAGAAAAAGAAGGCAGCGAUGGUCAAUAGGCUGAAAGCCCAGAAACCGGAGGAAUGCAUGAAGCAUAUUGUGGUGGUGCUGGAUCCAGUGCUUUUACAGAUGGAAGGUGGGGGCCAGCUCCUGGGAGCACUGCAGUCUAUGGAGUGCAGCUGCGUGGUUGAAGCCCAGGCCGUGCCUCGAAGUAUCACUUGGAGGAGGAGGGUAGAGCUGGUAGAGUUGCCUGUUGUGGAUGAGGCCACUGGUAACAUCACUUUCCCCUGUGGGAGGAGGGAUGGAAAAGACUGGGUGGAAGAGCCGACCAUCCUGGUGUUGCUCCUGGCAGAGGCCUUCAUGUCCAUGGUCAACAACUUAGGGCAGGGAAAUCCGAGCCGCACUGAGAAAGGGAAGGAGACACUUCGGGGCUUUGUAACUGAUGUCACAGCAAGGACAGGGAAAGCAUUGUCACUGGUGAUUGUGGACCAGGAGAAAUGCUUCAGGGCUCAGAAACCUCCACGGAGAAGAAAAUCAGGAAUGGCAAAUAAACAGGCCAAAGAGAGGCAGCAGAGGAGACUCAUGAUGUCCAGGGUAGACAUGGAAGAGGCAUUGGUGGAUCUGCAGCUACACACAGAAGCCCAGGUUCGUAUGGUGCAGAGCUGGAAAGAGUUGGCUGACUUCGCCUGUGCAUUUACAAAGGCUGUGGCUGAAGCUCCCUUCAAGAAGCUCCGGGAUCAAACCAGCUUUUCCUUCUACCUGGAGAAAGACUGGGCUGGAGGGAUGAAGGUGGACCCAGCUGGUAGGGGGCUUGCGACAGUCUGGAGGAGGCAGAUCCAGCAGCUGAACCGAGUCAGUUUGGAAAUGGCCAGUGCUAUUGUGGAUGCCUACCCCUCACCACAGCUCCUGGUGCAGGCAUAUCAGCAGUGUUUUUCCGAGCAAGAAUGCCAGAAUUUGCUGGCUGACAUACAGGUACGCCGUGGAGAAGGUGUGACAGCCACCUCCCGCCGCAUUGGGCCAGAACUAUCCAGGCGGAUCUACCUUCAGAUGACCACACUGCAACCAGAUCUCAUCUUAGACAGUGUUGACUGA